ACCUUGUGUGAGGUCACUGAAUCUUCGAAUUCGAUAUCAGCUAAGACAAUACAAUAUUUACGAGCGCUGCGGAAAGCCACAUAUAUAUAUGCAAUAAUGGGCCAUGAUAUCAGCCUACAUCCUUGAAUUUCCUACAUAUAGCUGUGAGCUGUACCAAGUACGUCGAGUCAGCAUUUCGUUAAGCAUUAGGUACCACCAAGAAGCCAACGGAUGCUUAAGAAGCCCAUACGAUGAUGAUCUGAGCCAACUUAUUACCUUACUCUGGUAAUGACAACUUCCGAUCCGUUCGUAUAAGCGGACACCAAUGUCUUUCGAGCCCCUCUCCUAUUAGACCAAUGGACGACUUCCCAGCGGGUAGCCUGGACCAUAAUGUCCCAUUCCUCGUCGUCUCCGGACUAAGUAAUUCUUCUGCAAAAGUUUCCCCACCAGAUCCUAGCUUAAGGGAGCAAAGUGUUCUCGUCCGGUCGGAGAUACCCCCUAUAGAGAGUCGAGAAGCAAAAAUCAUCCUUCGUUGCAUCCAAGAGAAGGACGCUACUAAUCUGCCGUGGCACUCCCGAGACCCGUCAAGGAAAUACAAAUUCAAGAUCAGUACAGUGGGGAGGGAAUUCUUGCUCCCGCCUCGCUGUGCACGUCUUCCUGAUAAUUCCGAGGCGCCUUUAUCACCACUUGUUCUGCACUCUCCAUUCUCACCCCUCAGUCCAGGUUCUAGCCUAUACCCAGAUGGCUUAGUAGAUACGCAAUGGCUUCGAAAGCAUCAAGAUCUCAUACCCAGUGUGUGCUUGGCUUUUUAUAGCCUGACUUCGGAUCCUACGCUUGCAACCCUACACGAUAACCAGCUAAAGACAGAUAUAAAUGCCGUUAAGAAUAUUCUACUACAGUCCGGCUACAAAUGUCGCUUUGUUGCGGUUAUCCUCAGCGACCAGUCGCCAAGUUCCAUAGGCCAGUUUCAAGAAAGACUAGACAAUAUUAAGAGGAGCACAGGCUUGGACCCCAAAGCCUCGUUAUUCGUCUUGCCUACCCAACGUACAGAGGCGGAGCUAGAAAACGCUGUUGAUAACGUACUGACUGCAGUAUUCGAACAAGCGCUCGAGUAUUAUCGCGAUCUGGGUAGACACUCCCGCAAAAAAAGGGGAAGGGGAAUCGCGCCGCAACCAACUAUUCCUCCUACCAGCGGUACUUCUCAUACGUUGUCUCUGCAGGGUUGGAAUGUACGCUAUGAUUUUAAAGCUGCCAUUUUCGCCGAGUUCCGUCAAGAGAUAGAUGUCGCCUUGCGAUUUUAUGAGCAAGCUUAUGACUCUCUUCUCGGUGUCGACGUGCUCGAAACCAUUCCCGGAUGGGAUCCUAGGUUUAACGAUGCUCGACUUCUAGCCGAUAUAAUAGCUAUUCGCAUUUUGAAAUGCCUACUAUGGCUUGGACUAAGCACUACCGCCGUUAGGAGGUGGCAAGCACAUAACGAUAGAAUAUUUGACCUAGUCGAUCGAAGGGGUCGGGGAACACAGAACUAUGGGUGGAAAGCGUGGGAAGCAAGAUGGAACACGGUUAUGGCCAAUCUGAUCGAAAGAGUCCAGUUUCCUGAGUUAGAGCCGAGUAGCACCCUACCCUAUCGCCCUCCUGAAAAGAAUCUCUCAGCAGACCGUUUACAACCAUGGGAACUACUUCAUCAUCAAGGGUAUUGGUACCGGAUAGCUGCAUGGCACCUUGCCAAUAGACGAAAGUUAGCAUGGACUAUACCUGAAGAAGAUCGCAAACCACCAGAUGCGUCCUCGCCGUCUCAGCCGAACAAGACCUAUAGCUACGAUACGUACAUGUGCCCGGAACCUUACGAGGAAUUCCCAUUGGUAGGGCCAGGGGUAAAUCAUAGUCAACUGAUUUUUAACCACUUAAUGUUAGCACACAAUGAGUUUCAGAAACGACAUCAAAUUCGGACCUCGGCGGAACUGGCGCUCGAGUGCUGUAAAGAAUUAGAGAGGAUGAAGGAGUGGAGAAAAAUCUUGAAAAUCCUUACACCUCUAUGGAGAGACAUGUCGUACCGUGCAGAAGGUUGGUGGGACAUCAUGGAGGCUUUCAGUUGGACUCUAAGGGGUGCAGCGGUAGAAGUUGGCCACAAGAAUCUCAUUGUUGCCAUUGAUUGGGAGCUCCUAAAUAAGGGCUUCUCUCGACGGCCGGGUUGGCAUUACGACAUAACGAAGUCUUUAGAUGAUGUAUCCACCACAGACAGCCGACCUGUUAUAGAAAUCGGCGACGAGCAUGUCACAUCAUUUCUACAUGCGUCUUUCGUUUUUAAAAAUGAUGAAGGAAAAGCUGGACAGAGUUGUCCAACCCAACUUUCGAUCACGUCCAACUCCUUUCCAGAUGCCGCUCCAGUAGUAUUGGAGAGAAUUCGAAUCGAAUUUGACGGCAGCUUACACGCAAUUGACUUAGGACACAAAGCCAGUGACGAUCAGGACACCUCGUCUUCAAGGUUACGUGUUUCGAAAGUAGCUUUAGCCGAGACGGAGGAUAGUGAUGAUGAUAAUGAUGACGACUCUAAUGAUGAUUCAGAAUCGAGCGCCGAGACGACACCUACAAUUAUACUGCAGGGAACAGACGACUUAACGAUAUUACCAGGUCAAACGCGAAUUUUUGAAAUGGACGUCCCAUUACGAGAGCCCGGUGAUGCCAGAGCGUCUUCAGUACAGGUUUCUGUAGCGCCAGAAUCGUUCACUCUUAAAUACACGAUUAGGCUUCGGGAAACGAACGAGGUUGGCCUAUGGUAUUCACCAACUUCCACGAAGAAGAAAGUCACACGGACAAACCCCCACAAAAUCAAGGUCCUUCCAAGGCCUCCCAAAAUGGAGCUCAGACUUAUAAAUAUGCUUGAGCAAUAUUACGCAAGUGAAAAUGUACCGCUCGAGUUAGAGAUACUUAACGAAGAAGAUGCCGAUGCCAACACAAAAUUGGACAUAGUCUUAUAUGGGCAAAAUGUCCCUGGUUGCAGAGUGCAGAUUGAAGGCGGUGCAGAAAAGACUAGCAAUGCUGGUGUAGAGGAAUCCAGACUAGACGGAAUCCCAGUCGGGACUAUACCAAGUUCCAAGUCUGCGAAAGCUGCUGUUACUAUUGACCCGGUUGAUGGGCCUAUGGUGCUCGAAUUGAUAGCGAGAGCAAGAUAUCAUCUCGUAUCGGAUCCGGGAACACCAAUCAUCCAGCAAACGACGUACCGUCUAAAUAUUGUUAACCCCUUCGAAGCAAGCUACGAUCUGUCUCCUCGACUCCAUUACGAGUGGCCAAACUACUUCAACCCCGAAGAUAUUCAAGAUCCAUCUGAGGGCGAUGAAGUGGUCCGCCGCCCUCGAGGACUGGCCCAGAAAUGGUCUCUCGCCACUCGGUACGCCUCAUUUGCACAAGAAGAUCUAGCUAUCCUAGGCUUAAAUGUGGACAUUCUCUCUACGCAAGGAAAUAUAAGUUGUAAGGCAUCUCAGUGCCAGCCGGCCGUGGCAGAUGGCGCAAUUAUUGGUCCCAAGACAAUCGAGGAAACGCAGUUCGAACUCAUCGCUCAAAAGUUUGAUCUAGAUGACCGGUCACCGGCGACGGCGGAUCUGGCUUUUACUAUCAAGUGGCGACGACUCACCUCUCCCCAAGACACAGUCAAUACCACAGUCUUACCACUCCCACGGUUUUUCGUCACAGUCUCCGAACCACGCGUCUUGGCCAGCGUGUCCUACUACUCACCUCCUAACUCAUCUGACUCCGUAUCUUCUUCUUCUUCUCCGUCUUCCAACCCCCCGCCGCAGCUGCUCUUCCUAGACAUCACGAUCGAGAACCCGUCGUCGCACUUCCUGACGUUUGGGCUGAUGAUGGAGCCGAGCGACGAGUUCGCCUUCUCGGGGGCCAAGACCACGACGCUGAACGUGCUGCCCGUCGCGCGCAGAACCGUGACGUACAGGCUGCUGCCGCUCGUCAGGGGGGCUUGGAUACGGCCGACGCUCGUGGUCAGGGAUAAGUACUUCCAGAAGGUGCUGAAGAUCAUCCCGACGGAGGGCAUGAAGAGCGACAGGGAGGGGGUACUGGUUUGGGUGCCGCCUGAGGAGGAGGAGGACGACGAGGAGGACGAGGACGAUGACGAUGAUAAGAAUGGGGAUGAAGAAGGUAAGUGUGAGAGGAAUGAGAGCGAAGAAGGUGCUGGUGAAGAAAGUUAGGGUGGGUAAGCGGAUAGAUAGGUUUGCGGUCACGGCGAUGGUUGUAACGAAGUAUAAACUCUUGAAAGUGUUGGACUAACAAGAGGAAUCGAUAUAUCGAUGCUUUAUAAGAAGUUUAUUCGUACGAAACUCGUGGCCGUUAAUAUCAUCAUAUAUGUGCUAAAAAUUGAGUCUCGUUAAGAUAUGCUGUAAGUUUUCAUUAACCCGACUAGCCAUACUCGUUGACAUUGACUAUUUGAUGAUUAUUUAAGGGCAAUUGUAUACUAUUUUAAUCAAUAGUAUACACACACCACUUCGUAUAAGGUACCAGGUAGACAUGAUUUUAUGAUGGGCUGGCCUUAUAUGCAAAGUUUAUGUACUACUAUGUAUAGAAAGCUAGGUACUAAUUAUAGCCUGCGGGGUACAUGAACGGUAACACAAAUACCGUUGGGUUUUUCAACAGUGGAGUUCCGCACUACUAGAUCUUCAGCUAAACCAAACCAACGCCGAUACGGCCGUCAAAUGUCCGCAGGAUUUAUCGGAUUCAAAAUUAGACCGUUAGUCCGGUGUUUUUUUUUUUUUUUUUUCAGCACAGGUUUAGGGAGCAAAACUGCAGUGUUGAACACGGACCUGCUGGCUGACCUGACAACGAUA